UACAUACAGCCUCUCAGUCAUCAUUGAAAAACACGAAAGGUCCCUGGGGAAGCUGGCAGCCAGCAUGACACAACAGAACGACUCUCAGGUGCCCGGCAUCUUCGACGAGAUUCUUCAGAUGCUAAAAUCCGUGGAAGGCAACAUCAAGAACCAAACUUGUACUGCAACCGCACAAAGGCCGCCCUGCCCUCCCGGUUACAACCAGUAUCUUCACCACUGCUUCAAACUGUUUGAAACACGCAUAACCUUCAUGGAGGCGGCUGCAGCCUGUGCACGCGCGCGUGUUCCUGGCGGCGGCACCCUCGCCAUGCCCCAAGACCGUGGUACCAACGGCUUCCUGGUCUCCCUCAUCAAUGCAAAAGACAGGUACAGUUCGGGUGACUACUGGUUCGGCCUGCACGAUCGGAACGAGGAGGGUAAGUGGGAAUGGAUGGACGGCAAGGCUCUGAACAGUGGGAUCAGCAUGUGGGGAAUGGACCAGCCAAACGACAUUCGGGGCGGUGAAGACUGUGCCUCGUACGGGUGGAAGAACCUUUGGUAUGACACCGGCUGCAGCAGGAAGAACAGGUUCAUCUGCCAAGUUCUUUCAUCAGGUUUGUUAUUACCUUCGCCAGAAGGUUCUGUUUUGAGCUAACCUGGAAUCCAGUCUAGUUGUGGC